UCGGUGAGGAUCCAGGACCCUCGUGUGUGUGUGGGCUUCUCUGUGAACGGCUCGUACAACGUAGCGAUCACACACGGAGGCCGCGCUGACUCCCCUGCCGUCAACCUCAGCCUGUUCAGAGUGCAGCCGGACCACAACCUUACACUGGAACAAACGUUGGCUGUUGAAGCUCUUGAUGUCAAACACUUCUCCGUUGAAGGAAGAGACUACUUGAUUGCCUCGAGCCAGGUGUUUGUUCGGACUGGGAGUACCUUUGUUGUUCAUCAGAGCCUGGAGCUUCAGGGUGUCCUCAGUGUGUCUCUGUUCUCCCACGGGACCGGUCUCUACCUGGCUGCCUGUGUGGGGAAAGAGACUGAGGACGGCUGUGUACUGUUCCAGUGGAGUCAAGGACACUUCCAGAACCCCAGGCCUCUGCCUGUCAGCAGCAGAGCUCAACAAGUGGAGUCCCUCACCAUGGGAGCAGACGUUCUCCUGUUGGUCGUCACUGAAGGUUCCUCUACCUCCUGUGAGGUGUUUGUAUGGAGAGCCAUGCAGCAGUUCCCUCAGCACAGCCAGUCUAUCCCCCACCCUGGCCUGGGCUCUGCCCACCCCUUCACCCUACCCUCAGGGAUCACCCAUGUCCUGCUGGCGGGGAGGAAUGGCUCAGCGCUGUACUCCUGGAGGUCUGACAUCAGUCUGUUUGCCAUGGUGCUCAGGUCUCCUUCAGCCUCUCACUUCCUCUCUCUACCUCUACCCUACUUCAACACCACCAAGAGCCUCAUAGCAGCCACCGAGCCCUCAGGCUCAACCCUGUAUGAGCUCACCACGGUCUCCAACCACUCUGACUUCAUACCCAGCUAUGGCGAGUUGCGUUUCACACCCGGCGACCGGGAGUUGGAGAUUGCGGUGAACAUCAUCGACGACGGUGCCCCGGAGGAGGAAGAACAGUUCCGUGUGGUCCUAAGAAAUCCCAAGGGAGGGGCUGAGAUUGGCUUUGGUGGUCAGAUGACCGUGCUUAUUCCAACCAAUGACGACGCCCAUGGAGUCAUAGGCUUUGCACAGGGCUCUCUAUCUGUGGAAGUGGAGGAGUUGGCGCGGAGCAACCCUAUCUCUCUGAGUGUUGAGAGGAGGAGAGGAACCUUCGGCAGACUGACCGUCCACUGGGCAGCCAACGGCAGUCUGGAAGACAUCUUUCCCACGUCAGGAGUGGUGACGUUUUCUGAGGGCCAGGUGAUGGCUACCAUCUCUUUGACCGUGGUAGCAGACAGCUUUCCUGAGUUGAGGGAGAGGGUCACCCUUACCCUUUUGGAUGUCACCACAGUGGGCCUAGACCAGCUCUCCAGGGGGGCGCUGAUUGACCCACAGAGGGCACAGGCCCUCCUCACCAUCCUGCCCAACGGUUCGCCCUAUGGGGUGAUAGGCUGGCACCUGGACUCCCAGUACCUCCACACACAGGAGCCCCAGAAGAGUCCCGCUAAUGUCACCCUCACCAUUGUGAGAGAGCAGGGAGUGUCUGGGGAGGUGGCGGUCCACUACCAGACCAGACCGGCCCUGUCCCAGCCCCCCUCCAACCAGGCCAGCACCCCACAGGACUACACAUCCCGGGAGGACACCGUCAUCAUGAAGGAGCAUGCCACCAUGGCUCUCGUCACCAUCACCAUCCUACCAGUACGAAAAUAAUAGAAUAUGACUUUAUCGACAAACAAUCACCAGGUGUCCUCCUGGGACGCCUGAGGGCAGUACAGUAGGAUCCGCUCUACUUUUCCCUCUUUUCCUCUCCUCUUCUCUCCUCUCU